AUGGCAUAUUGGGACUCCGAUGCUUGUUCCGUGAAAUUUUGCGAUGAGGAAGGGACGUCGUUGGCGGCGUACUUCGCCAAGCAGAUUGUGCGUAGAUCUGCAAGCCAACGUAGAGUGGGCAAAGCACCAAUCUAUCGUAGUCGCUCCAAUAUACCGUCUGUGCUUGAUCGUACAGCAGCAGAUGUUGAAGCGGCUGCUGCUGGGACAAACAGUCUCAUUUCUGAGGGUGUGCGAACGAGUUGCAGGGAAAGCGAUGACAAGUUGCCCGAAGCAGUGGCUCAUCGCACUCGUGUAUCGACGUUGACGCGGACACCAUAA